AUGGCGUCUGGGAAGGGGGGCGCUGCCCUCAUAGAGAAGUGCGUGGAGGAGCAGGUGCUGCGGGCGCUGCAGGAGAAGGAAGCAGCAAUAGAUGCAGCACUGGAGCAGCAGCAGCAGCAGCAGCAGCAGCAGCAGCAGCGGCGGCAGCAGCGGGAGGAGGACUCAGAGGAUGAACUCGAGAGGAUUCGGCAGCAAAGAAAAAAGCUGCUGCAGCAGCAGCAGCAGCUGCUGCAGGAGGGCCACGGCACAGUCACAGAGCUGCACGAGGAGAAGCAGUUCUUCGAGCUCGCCAAGAAGUCCAAACUCCUAGACUGA